AUGAUUUAUUUUGUUUUAAUUUUAAAUUUUCUUAUUGUUAUAUUCUUAAGAGCUGGAGAUUCCACUUCAAAUGUAUCUUCUUUACUUAGGCUAGCAAAUAAUGAGGAGCUUUAUAAAGAAUGGCUUAAAACUCUAACUAUAAAUGAGCAAGUAUUACUAGAGAGAUUUGGUAAUUUGAUCAAGCUUAUAGAUAAAGAUAGUAAUAAUAUAUUAGAUGAAUCAGAAAUUAUUGAGUGGCUUGAGUACUUAGGAAAUAGAUCUACAUUCAGAGAUGCAGCUGCUGAAUUCAAUUUUAUUGAUAAAAAUAAAGAUAACAUUGUGGAAUUUGAUGAAUUUAUUUACCACUUUAGUCCCGAAUCUCAGAGAGAUGAAGAGGAUGAUGGACUUUACGACUUCUAUAUUAGGUUAUUUUCUGAAAUGGAUCUAAAUAAGGAUAGUGUUUUGGAAAUUAAUGAGUAUUACAAUCUUGUGCACGAUUAUACACUUUCAGGAGAAUUUUACAAAAGAAUUCACUUAUUUAUUGAAAGUAGUGAUAUAAAUCAUGAUGGUGUUUUAGAUAAAGAUGAAAUAAGAAGACUAAAAGAAAAUAAGGAUAUAUUAACGGAAUUUACAGAAUCACUAGGAAGUCAAAAUGGAGAUGCUUUACAAAUACUUGGUAUAAAUGUUGAAGAUUUCAAGGAAAUAAAUGCAACAAUUUUAAUACGUGCUUUAAAGAAUAAAGAGAUGAGAGAUUUAAUUCAAGAUUCAUAUAACCAGCUAUUAGAUGUUUUAAAGACACAUGAGAAUGCUACUAAGCAGGAUGCUAAUGCAACAUCUCUUCCAACAAAGUUUAUAAACGAGAACUUCGUCAUUUAUAUACAGUCUGGACUUACUGAUUACGGUGAAGUCUUUAGAUAUCCACAAGACUAUUUUACUGAAACUGGUCAUAAGGAAUAUGGAAUGACAUCUGAAGAAUGUGCAGAAAAAUUUGGAGAUAAUGAAAAGGAAAAGGAAACUGAACAUGACGAAUAUGAUGACCAUGAUCAUGAAAUUCAUGACCAGGAGGAUGAACAAAUAGAUGAUGAACAAAUAGAUGAUGAACAAAUAGAUGAUGAACAAAUAGAUGAUGAAAACUUCGAUACUGAUCAAGAUGAAGUGGAGAUUACAGAUGAUAUGAUACAAAAGCUUAUAGCUUUGAUGGGGGAACAGGGGAAAAAUAAUUUAUUUGGAGAUGUCUCUGAUGAUCAAAGUGCAGAAAUGGAUUCAGUGUUACAAAUGCUGUCAUCAAUGAUUAAUUCCAAGGGAUCUCAGUAUGAUCUAGACAAUCUAGAUAACUUAGAUAUGAAUGAAGAUAAUCCAGAACUUUCUGAAAUUCAUCAGGAAUUUGAUUCUGAAUUAAUACAAGAAAGAGAUGAACUUUAG